AUGGAAACGAUGAAUUCGCAGUUAAUCUCGAAGUCCAUCAAUUUCCACGGGCAACAGCUACAGAAAUUGUGGGAGGGCGAAUUCGGCGAGAGCGAUUUGUCUCGCAAGAACAUCAAAGACCUGAACUAUCAGGUCUACGGCCAACGGCAGAAGACCCUUUCGUUUCAGGACAGAGGAAAACGGCUGAAAUUGCACCAGUUCCUCAUAAAAAAAUCCAAUUGCAUUUACAGCUUGGAGGCCACGCAGAUCAAAAACGCCCCCAAAUCCACCACCGAGGACAUGUACGCCAUCAUGCCGCCGUUCGAGACUUACACGGGCGUCGACAAGCAAAAGAGAUUGCAAUUCUUUAUGGAGAACGUUAAAGUGGGCGAUUUGAUUUUGGGAACGAUCGUAAGCAAACAGCAAUCUGGUAUGAUGUUGAAAGUAUUGUGUACUGCCGGUGUGGGCGCCCCAGUAUUAUACGCAGCCGAUAUAAAUGUCAAAGCCUUUUGUCCCGUUGCGAAUGUCAUCCCGGCAGUAGAUAAAAAGGGAGUAACGCGCACCUACAUGAUGAAUGACUAUGUUUGUUGCGAGGUGCUUGAAAUUAUAGCCGAUACAGAUAAAGUUGUGUGCGGCAUGAAGGGCGUUACGAGGAAAGCUUCGGAUCCCGAACAUCGGCCACCUUUGGGGCUAAUUAGUACAGACGAUUUUCCCAUUGUAUACAAAAAAGCACUGGAUUACAAGAAUGAGAGUUACGACACUGUGUUAGAGAAGAGCGUCGGUUUCAAUAAUCCCAAUAACAUUCAAUAUUUGUCCGAAUUGAUGGACGUUGACAAACACCUCAGUUUCAUGUCCGGAUUAAAGUACAAAUUCCCCGAGAACGAGUACGCCGGCGAAUUGCGCCAAGUCCAAGCGAGCAAAUGGGCCUACAGGAACGUGGCCGACGGCAUCGAUCACUUCAAAGCCGGCAAGCACGUCGAAGCCUUUCAAUGUCUCAACAAGGCCCUGAACAUCGAUCCGAAGAACGUGGAAGGGCUGGUGGCGAGGGGCGCCCUCUACGCCAACAGCGGCAACUUCCAAAAGGCCAUCGAGGACUUCGAGACGGCGCUGAAACUGAACCCGAACCACGCCAACGCUCGCAAGUACAUGGGCGAAACGUUGGUGGCGCUCGGCCGGAGCUACGAGGAGGAGAACAAAAUCGACGAGGCGCGCAAGGCGUACCAGAGCUGCCUGAGCAUCAUACCCUAUCACGAGGAGGCGCAGAACUCGCUGGAGUUCCUCAAGAACAAGGCGCAGCCUAAAAACCUCAUCGAACCCGCCGAAUUGCUGUUGCCCGCGCUCAGCGCGCCCGCCAAACCGGCCGACGUCAACGAGGCGCUGAAGCAGAUGCUCAAAAACGAGGAGGACGAGAAGAAGGACAAGAAAAAGAAGAAGAAGAGCAAGAAGCGCAAGAACCGCAAGCGGUCGAGUUCGAGUUCGAGCUCGAGCUCAUCGGCCAGCGGCGAUUCCUCUUCGAGUUCGUCCAGCUCGUCGAGCGAUUCGAGUUCGACGUCGGGCGAUUCGGAUUUCAAGAAGCGGAAGAAGCACCGGUCGCGGUCGCACAGGCGCAAGGAACGCGAGAAUUCGUUGAGCCCGUUGAGCAAACGGAUGGCUCUGAUGGAUCAGAGUCACGAUACUCCGAAUGCCAGCUUCAAUUUCAACAAACCGGCCGGUACCAGCACGUUCGAUUUCGGUUUCGAGCAACCCGAGCAAGUCAAACCCGUGGAGAAUCCGUACGAGGCUAAAGUAAGAGCGUUUCUGACGGAGACCAAAGGCGAUUCCGAUUACGAGGACAAGGUGAGGAAGUUCCUGGAGGAGAGCGCCAAGUGGAAGAAGGCCAAGAGCGACGACAAGAAGAAGAAGAAAAAGAAGGACAAAAAGGCGAAGAAGGAGAGCAAGAAGAAGAAGAAAAAGGACAAGUUGAAGAGGAAGCAGAGUUUCGAUUUGAGCGAAUUGGACGGGCACAAGAAGUUGAGAGACGCCAUCAAGAAGGAGCUGAGCAAAGAGAAGAAAUCGAAGAGGCACAAUAUACCGUCGGACGAUGAGGAUUAUUUCUUGCAAAAGUCCGGUUACAGUAAAAGAUUUAUUGAUAGUUUACCGGAUAUCGAAGAGUUAGAAUCAAAAUUAAACGCGUAUUACGCUCUAGAGAAGGACAGUAAACGCAAGGAACGCAGCGAGAGCCCCCCGAAGCGCGUCGUCGACUCGCCGUCGCCCACCAGGGAGCAGAAGGCGCGACAGGCCGUGGCCGAAGCGACCGCCUCCGCGGGCGGCGCCCAAAAAUGGAAGAUGCAAAUCGGGCCCGGCACGUCGGGCAGCGCCCGCUUCCGCAAGAAGACGCAGGAGCGCCAACCGCCGCCGGUCAACGAAUGGGGCGGCGACAUGAUGGACAAGCGGGUCAAAAGCGCAGGUUCCGCCACGGACGAUUCGCCGCCGUCGAAGAGCAAGGCGCCGAUGCCGCCGUUGCCGCCGCCCAGCGAGAAAUCGUUGAGCGUGCGCAAGGCGAUGGCGAUGAAGGAGCCGCCGCCGCCGAAGAAGCCGGACUCGCCCAAGAAGCUGAAGCCGACGCCGGCGCCGCCGCUGAACAAGAUACCGCAGGGGCAGGUGGUGCUCGAUAAAUUCGGCAAUUUCAGAUUGAUGACGCCGCCCGAAUUGAAGAAGGAAGGGCAUAUGGGACCCGCGGGUCGAAGGCCACCAGAGCCGCCGGGUAGACCGCGCAGCGACAGCAGAUCGCCGAAGAGGCGCAGCCGCAGUCGCAGCAAAUACAGCCGCUCGCCCAGAUCGUCUAGCGGCUCCAGAUCGAGAUCGCGCAGCUACAGAUCACGAUCAAGAAGCUACUACAGCAGAUCGAGAUCGCGCAGCGGUUCGUACUAUUCGCGCAGCCGCAGCCGCUCGCGCAGCUAUUCGGGCGACAGGAGGCGGUACGUGCGCCGCGGCGGCGGCGGCGGAGGCGGUUUCCGCGGCCGCCACAACAACGACAGGGGCACCUACUACAAGCCGAGAUUCCAAACGCCGAGGCAUAACGGUCAAAGGGGUAGAGGUGGCGGUUACUAUAAUAAUCGGGAUUCCAGGUACGGCGAUCGUGAUUAUCGCGGCCGCGGCAGGCCCUAUCCGUAUUCGAGAGGCGGCAACCGGCGACCGCCGCGCGGCCGUUACGGCCAACGCGGCGGCGGCUAUCGCGACUACAGGGACAAGAGGAGGUACUCGAGGAGCAGAUCGCGCGACCGCGACCGCAGCCGAUCGUACAGCGGAAGCGGCAGCGAGGCUUCGCCUCCGGCCGCGAAGAGGGCGGGUAGAUCGCCGGCGAACGAUAGGGAGAAGAUCAACAAGUACGCCGACGGGGAGACGGCGGUGAGGCACGAGGGGCCUUUGUCCGAGGGCGAGGAUAGGGACGAUUACAUUAGCGCCGAUGCCAGUAAGAUGAUCGAUAGGGAGAUGGGGGGAAAGUGGGCCGAUAAAGAGGAGGGAGAGAGUAGGGAACCGGAGGCGGUCGGAUUGGCCGAGGAAGGGGCUAGAGAGGCGGAGAGCGGUGAAGUUAAGGAUUGA